AUGGAAACUUUCCCUUCUUUUGCACGAGAAUUGGUGCUCGUCCUCGUCGUCUUACACGGUGUGGCCUCGACGGACUCACUCGCCCAUUAUGCCGCUCAUCCCGGGCAGAGAUACGGAAAUAUCGCGCUCGCAACGAGGGAACGGACACUCGGACUCUGCGGGAGGAAAUGCGCGAAGCGGAAGCCACCGUGCUACGCCUUCAACUACCGCGAAACGGACGGAUCGUGCCAGCUGGUCCUCGAUGGGAAAAGCGGCUUAUUGGAAGGAAACGAUUACAGCUCCUACGUCCAGAGGCUGUGCCUGACCGAGCACCCGAAGAUCCCAAGCGCGAAAGUGUCCUACGAGGAAUGGAACGGGGAAUACCCAGCGCCGCCGGGGGCGAUGGUGAUUCUCCGCUGCGAGCAUCCCAGAGGAUUCUCCGAUGGCUCCUCCAUCCACACGGCUCGAUGCUCGGCCUCCCCGGAUUCUUGGUGCAGCUCCUUCCAGGAAAAUGCAGUUCAGUGUAAGGGCUUCAAACGCGAGAUGCACAAAUACCCAGAAUGCCGUCUGACGAAGAAGGGCAGAGAAUACAUCGGGACGACGAAGGCGACCGAGUCGGGCAAGGAGUGCCUCCCAUGGAGCAGCCAUCCCUACGGAACACCCAAAGACUUCCUCAACCAAGACGCCUACGACUCCAACUUCAUCAACUUGGAUUCCUGGUCCCACAAGAACUACUGUCGAAACCCUUCCUGGAGGGAAAGGCCCUGGUGUUUCGUUUCUGACCAUGAAGUUCAAUGGGAAUACUGCGAUAUCCCCAUGUGCACCGAUACCAAUCCCCCAGAGUGCAAGGCGGCCCAACAAGGCGGCGAAUACAUCGGCAGGAAACGGGUCACCCACGCGGGCGUCCCAUGCCAACGGUGGGAAAAACCGAAACUUCGCGAGAAACUCGACUGCUGCCGCCCUGGCUUCCCGGACGAGCCCAUCGCCGAGGACCACGACUACUGCCGCAACCCGAACGGCGACGCGGCUCCCUGGUGCUACAACGAAGACGGCGACCGAGAAUUCUGCGACGUCCCCUUCUGCGCCGUCAGAUCGGGACAAGGCAUCCUCAGAAUUAAAAAAGGCGAUGGGGAUUAUCCAGAAUGCCGACUGACAGAGAAGGGGAAGGAAUACUUCGGAAUGAAAAACGAGACCGAGACCGGAAGACCUUGUCUCCCGUGGGAGUCCCAGUCUCAUCGAAUGCCAUGGGACUUCUUCAACAAUCAGACGACCUUCGGAGAUCACUUCCUCAAUCACGACCUAUCGUUCCACAUGAAUUACUGCCGGAAUCCGGCUCUUUACAGAGAGAGACCCUGGUGCUUCGUCUCGGAUCAGACGAUCGAGUGGGAGUACUGCGACGUACCGUUCUGCCGUGACCCCAAUCCGCCGGAAUGCAAGCUGACGGGAAAGGGGGGAGAAUACGUUGGCCGUCGGAACGUGACCAUUUCGGGGUUUCCGUGCGUGUAUUGGCUGUCUAGUACGGCUGCGGAAAUUGUGUCUUUUUUUCUGUCCUCAUUCUCGGACGAAAUAGAUGGAAGCCAUAACUUUUGCCGGAGCAUCAAGCCCGGUACUCACGGUCCGAUGUGUCUAUUGAGCUUACCCACCGGGCCAAGAGCAGAGUACUGCGACAUUCCUUUCUGUCCUGCGAGCGACGGGAAAACGUGCGACGUUCGAGUCUCAGGGAACUGCAUCAGUGAGCGCUGGUUCAGCGUUUUCCUCUUCGACUUGAGUGUUGGCAGCCCAAGCGAAUGCCAAGCAAGCAAAACCGGCGUGGAAUACAUUGGAACGAAGAACACGACGAAAUCGGGCUACCCGUGUCAGCCGUGGAUGAGCAACACCCCGAACAGCCAAGAAUUCAAGUCCCAUUACGGUUCAACGUUCAAAAAUCACUUCCCGGACGACUUACACCCUUCUCACAACUUCUGCCGGAACCCAACCUCGGACCCAAAAGGCCCUUGGUGCUACAACGGAGCUGGAAAGAAACCCCCCACGGACAACUGCGACAUCCCUUCCUGCUGAAACGCCCAACGCCACCAAACCACCCACCGCGUGCACUUCCCCCAGACUUACAUCCGCUUUCCGGAACGUGUACAAGGAGGAAACGAACCAAGCAUUUAGUUGGCCAUCCGUUCUUUCGAAGAGUUACGAAACUUGUCAAUUUUUAG